CGAGGACACAGAGUAAGUCAUUUUAAUUCGAGCUAAGAUACGUCGACUUCAGCUACGCUAGUCUCAUAGCUGAAGUUGCGUAUCUUAGAUUGAUCUCCCCCAGCGUAGACCAGGCCUGAGAGAUGCUAGGUGCUUAUCUGCGAGGGCCUCAGCAAGUCAGUGUUGUGUCGUCAUCUGCUGGUUGGGAAGAGCUCUAACCCAGCACCUGCACUUGAACAGCUGAGCUCAAAGAAAAGGGAUCUGCUUAUCUUUACACAGCGUGGAAAGUGGUGAGCUCUGAGCUGAGCUGAGCUCUGAGAGCCUGGCACUCAGCACACCGCUUAAGGGACAUGGCAGUUGGAAGGAACACUACUUUAGUUGGCCGUUUUUCACUCCAGGGUCAGCCCCUUGUGGCGGAGCUUCACUGGUGCCCCAGGGUUUGUGGAACGGGCCUAUGCUGCUGUAGGAGUGAGUGCAGCAGGGCAUCUCGGGCGGGGGGGGAGGAGGGGAUGUGCAUGGGGCCAAGUGCCCAGAAUCACAUGUAGUGUCUUGCUUUGCUUUCCAGAAUCUGACAGCUGGCUGGUCUGCCCCACCAUGGCUAGCACAGGCGACCAAGGAAUGGAGAUACACACACGUCCCAUAGAAAAGCUCAGGGCACAGUGCUUGGCAAGAGGCUCAGAUGGCAUUAAGGGGCUGGCCAGAGUUUUCCAGAUCAUGGAUGAUGAUAAGAGCAGGUCCUUGGACCUAGCAGAGUUUGUGAAGGGCCUGAGCUCAGCUGGCAUCAUGCUGGGAAGCAGGGAGGCACAGCAAAUCUUCAGCCUCUGUGACAAGAAUAGCAGCGGCACGAUGGAUUUUGAUGAGUUCCUGGAAGUCCUGAGGCCGCCCAUGUCGGCCGCCAGGAAGCAGAUUAUAGCUGAUGCAUUUCACAAACUGGACAAGACUGGCGCUGGCGUGGUGAGCGUGGAGGAUCUCCAUGGGGUGUAUGACGGCAGAACUCACCCCAAGUACCAGAGCGGGGAAUGGACAGAGGAGCAGGUGUUGCAAGCAUUCCUGGACAGCUUUGACUCACCCAGUGACAAGGAUGGGAAGGUCACAGCCAAGGAGUUCCUGAACUACUACAGUGGGGUCAGCGCAUCCAUUGACAGUGAUGACUACUUUGUGGCUAUGAUGAAGAGAGCCUGGAAGCUGUAGCACACGUGAGGAAUCCAGUGCAGUCCUGGAAGAUGCUAUGUUAGAACCAGAUUAGGGCAGUUUCCAAAAAUCCUAUUCAACAUUUCAUAGCAAAAUGCUCUUUUUCGUAGUGAUCACAUCGCUUGCCACCAAGAGGCCCAGCUUUGAGUUACCAGGCCUUUCCCGAGGCUGUGAAAUCUUGACACCUGCCUGCAGAAUAGAGAAUCAUAGAAGAUUAGCGUUGGAGAGACCUCAGGAGGUCAUCUAGUCCAACACCCUGCUCAAAGCAGGACCAAUUCCCAACUAAAUCAUCCCAGCCAGGGCUUUGUCAAGCCUGACCUUAAAA